GUUUUUUUCUCUCUUUAUAAUCCCGAGGACAGCUAAUUCCCGCUUCAUCUCCCUUGGGUGAUGCCCCGUACACUGAUAUACCUUGUGCCACUGGACUUUCCACCUGAAACAGAAACUGCAAAAGUCACCUCACUAACCACUCGCCGGCCGUCUUCUUCACCGGCACCGGAAUUUCACUCUCACUGUUGAUCUCGCGAAACGGUAACAACUCUUUUCUCUUCACAAAAUUUUAGGUUUUUAAUUUUCAAUAGGUUUUGCGAUGAGUGGUGAGACGAAACCGGUGAUUACCUCGCUUACUAGAAGCACAUGGAACUCAGGAAAGGCAUACGAGUUCGAACCAAUGCUUUCCUCCUCUAUUUCGCAAGCUUCCUCUAUACCGGAACUGAUUUUGUAUCUAAAAUCGGCUUUUCGUGAUAAGGAGUUCUCUCUGGUUGAAGGAAUUCUAAUGGACCGUGAUAAACAGCUGCGGGAAGAAAAGUUAAAUAUGGAGAAUCAAUUGAAGGAUAUGCAGAGGGAAAAUGAAGAGCUAAAAAAUGGAAAAGCUGAAGUUGAGGCAAAGCUGAAGAUGUAUUUGGGGAAGUUCAAAGAGUUGGAAAGUAGAGUAUCACUUCAGGAGGUAGAAACUGCUAAAACUCGUACGGUUGAUGUCUCAGUGAUCCAUAAAAUGGCAGAAGAUGCUGAUGUUGUAGAAGUGAAUAGUAAAGCUUCUGGUGCUGCUGGAGAUCUUCAGGAGAAGCAGUUGUCACCACCUAGGGCUCCACCAGUUGAUUCAACUGGAAAUGGAAAUGGAAUUGGAAAUGGUAAAUCAAGAGAUGAAGGCAGUGGUAACAGAGACUUCAUUUCAACAAAAAUGAAUAUGUUUAAUUGUCCUGAUGUCCAGACAUUGCAUCCCAUGCCUUCUGCUGGUGGUUCUGCUCAAGGCAAUAGCAAUGUUUCCAACAUAGAAAAGAAAAGAUGUCGUUCAGAGGAAGCAGACCCUCUCCUUAUCAACUUGGUUUGUGAGAACGGAGCACCUACUAUAGAUCCAUCAGCAUGCGAAGCAGAAGGCGUUGUUAAGAAAAACUUUAAUACAGCAGUUGGCAGGGCUGGGUCUUCAAUUGUUGUUCACAUUAGCGACAGCGAUGAUGAGAAUGCAAAGGCUUGUGUUUCUAAAAGUAAUGAUGUAGGCAGGAAUUCAACAUUUCCACACCAGAUAAAAGAACAGGAUGUAAAGGAAACUUCAGUGUCCAAGAGGAAAAGAAGCUUAUGUGAUAGUGACAAUGGUGGUGGUUCUUCAUUUGGCAAACUAAAGACUAGAUCUAUUCAGGAAUUAAAUCGUGAUGGAAAGCUGUCCUUUUCUCAUGACAAUUCCCAUAAACCGGUGUUUGUAAGACGAUGCGAUGACAAAGAUGGAGGGAAGUCUUAUUCUCAACUAUCUUCCAGAAGAUCUGAUUUAUACAAGCUUGAUGGGUCUGGUGAUGAUAGUUCUUCAGAUUCUGAGAAUGAUCCCUUGAGUGACAAAAGUAUGAAUAUGUUAAUCCAAAAAGUUACAAAACGCAAAAUUUUCUCGUCGGAAGAUGAUUUGAGGUUGUCCUUCGAGAAGGACCCUGAACUUUGUAUGAAUGCAAUAUGUGCACUUUAUAGGCACCAAAUUUCUCCAAACAUCUCUUCCAAGGGCCUUUUUGCUACCAAGAGUCAGGGGUUGAGUCUAUCUGAUAAAAUCAGCAUAGCUGCUUUGGGUGAAUAUCUGAUCGAUGGGGAUCCAGAAAAUAAACUCAGAAAAGCCGUGGAAGAAGUACGUCCAAAGGAUCAUGCAGAAUGUAAAAGAUUAGCUACUAAAUACUGCGACCAACUAUAUCAGAUAUACCUUAACAAGGAGGAUCGUUUGUUCCUCCCAAUCUGUAAGUUCUAGUUUAGCAGAAAGGCGAUCUUGCCUCUCUGCUAUACAUAUGCUCUUCCAAGGAGAACUAUACUAAUAUGAACUUCCAAAUUUUGACCACUCCUACUCCCCAGUUAUUGCUGCACAAGAUAUAAGCUUUUGCUGUGGCCGCUAGUAACCAAGACACCUUUCUGAUUCACCUUUUGUUACUUUGGUGUGGAUAGUUGAUUAUGGAUAGUUACAACUGAUAUAUAUAGGUUUUGAUGAUCAUAGAUGAUUUUAGCUAUGUAAAAACUUAGGAAUAUAUUUUGCAUUCCCAUGAAUCAUGUUGAAGACUUGUUCCCCUUUUCAUGUAAUGUUCUUAUAUUGGGGCCUUUUGGCUUAGUCAUCUCUUGGUUCCUUAA